AUGAAUUCAGUUUCCCCUGCGGCAUCUCAAUAUGGCAGUCCUAGCAGUAGACGUAAGACAGAGGUCCUCAGGAACCUGAGUAGUCACCAGGAACAGGCCAAGAUGGGCUACCAAGGAUCCCCCCGAGAUGGUGAGACUGAUGAGGUGGACAAGUUAAAAAGCAAGCUAAUGACAGCAUGGAACAACGUCAAAUACGGGUGGACGGUGAAAAUGAGGCCCACUUUCAGUAGAUCGUCCCCUCUGUACCUGCUGGGGAAACGCUACAACUUCACACUGGAAGAUGACAUAGAGAAUUUCCAGAAGGACUUUGUGUCCCGGAUUUGGCUGACGUACAGACGAGAUUUCCCUGCGCUGGAGGGGACACAGCUGACCACAGAUUGUGGUUGGGGCUGUAUGAUCAGGAGCGCCCAGAUGUUACUGGCUCAGGCUCUCCUGGUGCACCUUCUCAACAGAGAUUGGUACUGGCCAGAAGCCUUAAACACGCACUUUGUAGAAAUGGAUCCCAUCCGAUCAUCCUCUCCAUCCAACAUGAGUCUGUUCUCCCCGGCAUCAUCGGCCUCCAAUCAGAGUCGUAUGUGCGCCCCCUGGGAAUCCCUUCCUCACAGACGCCUUUUACAGCACCCCCACCAGGAGCAGAUCCACAGGGACAUCCUGCAAUGGCUGUCAGACCACCCCGAUGCCCCCUUUGGUCUGCACCACAUGGUGAAGUUAGGGGAUGAGAGCUUCGGGAAGAAGGCUGGUGAUUGGUAUGGCCCCAGUAUUGUGGCUCACAUUUUGAGGAAAGCACUGGAGAACACAUCACAAGUCCCUGAACUGUCUGUGUAUGUUUCCCAGGACUGUACAGUGUACAGGGCGGAUGUGGAGCGGCUGAUGGAUCCUGGGGAUUCCCUCUCUGAGAAGAACCAUGGAGGGAAGGCCGUUAUCAUCCUUGUACCCGUUCGUCUUGGCGGAGAGCAUUUUAACCCCGUAUAUAAGCAGUGUAUUAAGGAGUUCCUGCAGAUGCCGUCCUGUCUGGGCAUUAUUGGUGGAAAACCAAAACAUUCGCUGUAUUUCAUUGGCUACCAAGAUAACCAUUUAUUAUACUUGGAUCCUCAUUACAGCCAGAACUACAUGGAUACCAGUAAAGAGGACUUCCCCUUAGAAAGUUUCCACUGUAACUCCCCCCGGAAGAUGUCCAUCGUGAAGAUGGAUCCCAGCUGUACAUUUGCUUUCUAUGCUAGGAAUCGAGCGGACUUCGGAGCUUUGUGUGACCAUCUGUUAAAGGUAUUAAAGUUCUCCAUCAGCAGAAGAGAAGUACCCCGUGUUCAGUAUCUCUGAUGGCCAGGCUCAGGAAUUCCAUCCCCCCGAGGGACUGCCGCUCUCCUCUUUUUCCUUGGCUCGCCACAAAAGGAGUGCGAUGACUAAGAGGCCAAGUUCAGAUGAGUUUGAGUUUUUAUAG